AUGUUAAAUAUGACAGAAAUCGAAUGCUGCAUAAAAACCGACAGAUCAACAGUCAAUGAUCUUUCAGAGUUAGAAUUGAUUCCAGAAAAUGACACCACGACAUUUAUAAAUGGUUCUUGGAAGUUUACAGCAGCAGUUGCAAGUCCAUGGCCAAUGCAUAUUUUUGCUGAGCAUUAUAUUCGUGGAGAGUGGCUGAUUCAAGCUUAUGAUCGACAUUAUAAAGAUUUUUGUGAUGCAAUUAAAAAUCCCGUUGAACCUUGGUAUUAUGCGACUAAGGAUUUGAAACAAUGUCCGAUACCAGCAGAAACAGUGUGGUUCUUUGACAUGGUUCCAAUAAAGUGGCCCAAAUCACUUUUAAAUGCUAUUCCACCUCACUAUAUGGGAAGAUGGAGGAUAUCUUAUGAUGGAGAAUAUAAGGAAGCAGAUGGAACUAUUAGAAAAGAUUGUCAACGUGGAUAUGGUGAUGCUUUUAUUGACUAA